GCGCAUGCGCACCCGCGUCCCUCUGCUGUUAGCCGUUUCCAUGGCUACGAAGCCCAUCGGCCGGGGAUAGGAGAGCAAGAAAAUGAAGCUCAAGAGUUUCCUGCUCCGGUAUUAUCCGCCAGGAAUUAUGUUGGAAUAUGAAAAACAUGGAGAAUUAAAGACGAAGUCAAUAGAUUUGCUUGAUCUUGGUCCCAGUACUGAUGUCAGUGCUUUAGUAGAAGAAAUCCAGAAGGCAGAACCUCUAAUCACAGCUUCACGAACAGAGCAAGUCAAACUUUUGAUACAGAGGUUACAAGAGAAACUUGGCCAGCACAGCAAUCACACAUUCUAUCUUUUUAAGGUUCUCAAAGCACAUAUAUUGCCACUGACUAAUGUUGCACUUAACAAAUCCGGCUCAUGCUUUAUCACAGGAAGCUACGAUCGGACGUGCAAGCUCUGGGACACUGCGUCUGGAGAGGAGCUGAACACCCUGGAGGGCCACAGGAAUGUGGUUUAUGCCAUAGCAUUCAACAAUCCUUACGGUGACAAAAUUGCCACUGGGUCCUUUGAUAAAACUUGCAAACUCUGGAGUGUAGAAACAGGAAAAUGUUACCAUACCUUCAGGGGUCAUACAGCAGAAAUAGUGUGUUUAUCAUUUAACCCUCAAAGCACAUUGGUGGCGACUGGAAGUAUGGACACAACAGCCAAAUUGUGGAACAUUCAGAAUGGCAAGGAAGUUUGCACCUUAAGAGGACAUUCCGCCGAAAUCAUCUCGUUGUCAUUUAACACCUCAGGAGACAGAAUCAUCACGGGGUCUUUUGAUCAUACCGUUGUAGUGUGGGACGCUGAUACUGGAAGGAAGGUAAAUAUCUUAAUUGGUCAUUGUGCUGAGAUUAGCAGUGCCUUAUUCAACUGGGAUUGCUCUCUAAUAUUAACUGGCUCUAUGGACAAAACCUGCAUGCUGUGGGAUGCUACAAAUGGCAAAUGUGUGGCAACCUUAACAGGCCAUGACGAUGAAAUACUAGACAGCUGCUUUGAUUAUACUGGAAAGCUUAUUGCAACUGCUUCAGCCGAUGGAACAGCAAGAAUUUUCAGUGCUGCCACAAGAAAAUGCAUUGCCAAACUGGAAGGCCAUGAAGGUGAAAUUUCAAAGAUUUCUUUCAACCCUCAAGGGAACCGUCUUCUAACUGGCAGCUCUGACAAAACGGCUAGAAUCUGGGAUGCUCAGACUGGCCAGUGCCUCCAAGUUCUUGAGGGGCACACUGAUGAAAUCUUUUCAUGUACUUUCAACUAUAAAGGCAACAUAGUCAUUACAGGCAGCAAGGAUAAUACCUGUAGGAUAUGGCGUUGACUGAACGAAGCUGGUCAGUGAGCAACCUUGCUAGCAAUGGUAAUCCAGAACUGGAACUUCACAGACAGCAGCUCAUUUAAUAUUUCUUACACUUUCUCUUUUUCUACAAGUCAACUAUUUAUACAACUGUCCUUUAUUUCACGGAUAUGACCAUUAAACAUGACAAAGUUAUGCCACUCCAAUAUUAUUUGAUGGAGAUGGCAGGACACAGUGUAAUGUUUGGCUAAUGCCACCAGUUAUUUCUGUUGUGUUUGUUUUUUGAAAGCAUUAUGAUACUGAAAAAGGAAACCAGAGUAACUUAGCAACGUGUCUCCUGGAUUUUACUUUGAAGCCUAUUGUUAUAAUUUCUGUUGAAUAAAGUGUUUGGAGGAAA